CUGCAACACCUCAACUCGAUUCUGCAAUCAUCCUCACUCAUUCUCAUCUAUCGCUCGUCCUCGCCCUCGACGUACACACCAACAGCGAACCCCCUUUCCUCCCCUCUUCGCUCCUCGCGCCAUCACUGCUCGCCCAUCCGCCCCUCCGCCCCCGCCUCAUCCACACACGCCUCAGUCCAUGGCGGUGCACGCCCCGUCCGCGCCCGUGCCCGUGCCGGCGCCCGCGUCUCCAUCCCAUUCAACACGCGAUGACCAUCACGCAGAAAAUGGCGGCUGGGUGUCUCCAUCUGCGGCGCGUGCGAGCUCGCCUCCGCGCAUAAACCCCCAGUACCUAUUGCAUCACGGCGGAUCAGACGAGCUCUUCCCUCCCCUUCCGCCGCAUCUGCAGCGCCUGGCCACCGGUGAGGCCAACAGCGACGACGAGGAGGACUCGGACACGUCGGACGAAGAUUCGGACGCGGACAGCGACGACGACUUCCAGAGCGUGCGCGCCCGCUCCCACUCCCCUCCAGGCCCACAAUUCGCAUCCACUCUCUCCCACUCUCCACCCCCACAACGCUCUCCAUCACCCAGCGCGAACAAUGACAACGGGCCCCGUCGAAUCAUCAAAAAGGUCUCGCAAGUAUUCCGGCGCGGCGACGACGCAGCUCGUUCCUCUUCCCCUCCACCUCCUGUCCCACCACUCCCUAAGACUGCGGCUGCGCGUCUUGCUCCCAACCUCAACAUGUCUCCUCAACGCCGUUCCCCAGUCAUGCAAGGCCCACCUCCCAGCCCUCCAUUAAGCGACGUGGGUGGCGACGACGUCGGCACGGACUAUGCGCCAAGCAUUGCCGUGACGGAAGGAACCAUUGAUCUUCCUCCGCCGAACCCACACUACGAGGCUCGACCAGGGACGCCCGAGCGCGCUACCGCAUCGUUGAUGCCCGUCACUGAAGCUGGCGAGUCCAAGCACGCUCUCGUCGACACGCCGCCGCCUUCAGCGUUCCAUGCCAGUGGGCUGCCAGAUAGCGGUAUGGCUGGGGUGGAGGAAGCCAACCGCGAGCUGAAAGACGUGGCGCAAGCCACCCCCGGAGGUUCCUCGCUUCGAGCAACAAGCCGAGAACGUCCUCCUUCUGCUCCUUACCUCGGUGUGACCAGCCAGCGUCGCGUGUCUAACGGCUCGACAUCAAGCCGCGCAGGAUCACUCUCCAUGGUACGCAGCGGGAGACUGGCGCCUCAGCGUGACAUGUCGCCCUCUCCUUCCCCCGCGCCAAUGUCCAUGCCUGUGCCCAUGCCGACAGGUGCGCUCAUGGUGUCCCCCGCCGUCAUUCCCCCGGCCUCAUCCCCAGAAUUGCGCGCCCAGCGCCGCGCACUCCCUGCCAUCGAGACCAGUGACGACCACCUCCGCCGCGCGCCUCCCACCGACACUGUAUUCUCUGCUGGUGUCUUGUCCGAGUCACCUACUUCGUCGUCCCCCGGAUCUGCCCGGCCAGGCAUGCAGCGCCGCAAUACCAACCCCACCACGGCUUCGCCUUCACCACUCUCCGGCCGGCCGUUGACACAUUCAGUCUCAAUUUCUGGCCAUGGCCCAUCGUCGUCUAUUGGCAAGUAUGACGACUUCAACUUGGCUCCAGACAUCCUCGCGCAAGCGGACGUCAUCCGUCGAGAGAGGUUGGAGCGUAGACAGAAGAAGAUGAGCCUGCUCGUUACAUCCCCGCUUCCCACCCCCGCCCCAGAGCUUCCCCAGCCCGCUCCAUCCGCCAGCACCCCCGUUGAAGUCAAAACGGCUGUCAAGCGCCGUGAAACAGAGGAGACCAAGGUGCUCGUCGGCAAUCUCGUCGGCGAGGGCCACCGAAACUAUGUGCUCAUGUACAACAUGCUCACGGGUAUCCGUGUCGCUGUGUCCCGUUGCCAGGCCAAGAUCCGCCGGCCCCUCACUGCUGAAGACUACCUCGCGCGCCACAAGUACUCGUUUGACAUGCUGGGCAACGAGCUCACGCCCUCGGCAAAGUACGACUUCAAGUUCAAGGACUAUGCGCCAUGGGUAUUCCGCGAGCUGCGUGACGACCAUUUCCAUCUCGACCCCGCCGACUACCUCUUGUCUCUCACAGCCAAGUACAUCCUGUCCGAGAUAGGGUCGCCGGGCAAGUCGGGCUCGUUCUUCUACUACUCGCGCGACUACCGAUUCAUCAUCAAGACGAUCUCGCACCGCGAGCACAACUUCCUGCGCUCGAUCCUCAAGGACUACCACGAGCAUGUGCGUGCGAACCCGCAUACGCUGCUGUCGCGCUUCUACGGCCUGCACCGUGUCAAGAUGCCCCGUGGUCGCAAAAUCCACUUCGUCAUCAUGAACAAUCUGUUCCCGCCGCACCGCGACAUCCACGAGACGUACGACCUCAAGGGCUCGGCCUUUGGACGCGAAUACCCCGAGGACAAGGCGAAGAUGAACCCACGCGCGGUGCUCAAAGACAUCAACUGGGUGAACAGAGGCCGCACAUUCGAGUUUGGUCCCGAGAAGCGCGCACUGUUCACGGAGCAGCUGCGCCGCGACAUGGAGUUCCUUAGACGCAUCAACGUCAUGGACUACUCGCUGCUCGUGGGCAUCCACAAUAUGGAGCGCGGUAACCGCGACAAUCUGCGUCUGACCAAGCUCCGCGUGUUCAACCCGGACACCUCCAAGUCGGCGGUUGUGAACCGCAAGCCAAGCGCUGUCAAGAGCCACGCCGAGGCGCACAGCGUGCGCCGCGCUGUUACGCGGUCCGACCCGAAGAGCAUGCUCGAUGCGAGCGUGAAUAUGCGUCUGCCUGAGGAAGGCGCGCCCGACCGCCGCCACUUCAUCUUUUACCAGGACGAGGGCGGCAUGCAGGCAACCGACGAGCAGAACAUGCCCAUGGACAUUAUCUAUUACCUGGGCAUCAUCGACAUCUGCACGCCCUACAACUUCGGCAAGCGCGUCGAGCACGCGUGGAAGAGCGUAACCGAGAACCCCGUUACGAUCUCGUGCGUCCAGCCAGACGUAUAUGGGCAGCGCUUCUUCGACUUCCUCCAGAGUGUGAUGCGUGGCGGCGAUGUAAAGCUGCGCCCGCAGGGCCUCGAGCCACCACCAGAGUGCGCCGGGUCGCCUGUGGGCGCGAUGAACCCGCCGGCCUGUGCGCCAGCCUCAUUUGGGCGCGACCCUACGGUGAUCGCGCAGCGGCACGACAGCGAGGCGCACGCCAUUGCGAUCCAGACAUCACCAACGAUCUCCUCGCGGCCAGCACUGUUCGACAACGCCGUCGUCAACCCUGAAACGCACCCGGUCGUGAGCGACGAGAAGGCGCUGAGCGAGAAGGAGGCGAUGCUCGGCCCCGUCACCGCGCCCCCGGCCAACUACGGCACAGUCGACGAGAAGGUGGCCGAGAUGGACGCGUAUGGCCGCGACAUGAACGGGCACGGGCCGCCCGCCAUGGUCGGCCACCUCAAGGCUGAAUAGAUUUCCGAGCAUCCGCGAUACCAGCCGUUGUCAUUCCAUUACCUUUCAUUCAUGUCCGCCAGGGCUUGUAGUUUGUACGGACGCUGUUAUGUGUAUGCAGCAAUUGGGAAGGAGG